AUGGCAGGCGCCGUCGACGAGUCGCCGAGUCUCUUGCUGGAGUCUGCGAGCGAUGGUGUUGGCGACGAAGGCGGAGAGAUUGCGGGGGCCACCGGACAUGGUUGGGCGUCGCCGCUGCGCCGCCAUUCCCAUGCGGUGCCCAAGAGCGCGGUCUGCGCGGCCGCUGCGUUGUGCACAGCUCUCUUUGCGCUCACGUUCGUGCGGGGGCCUCUUCUCGCGCGCGUCGUGAAGGUUGAGCCCGCCAUUGGAGCCACUUCGUUGGCAACCGGCGUGGGCACCAGCACAGUGCAUGCGGACAUGGGGUGCAACAAUUGGAAAGAGGCUUCGAUCAAGAGCUUCACGGUGGACAGUGAAGAUCUUUGUGUGCAGCAUUGCCGCAUCACUAUGAAUUGCGUCGCGGUGAACUACCAGGAUCAGAAGUGCCCUCAUCUAGCUCAGUACAUGCGUGCGGAGGAGGGGCGCUGCCUCCUCCUGACCGAGGAGUGUGAGUAUGGGACGAACGAAUGUUGGACACUGUACGAGCUACCAGACGAUCAAAUUUACAGACCGGGGGGCAGCAUCUGGGGGCACAAUGGGGGCAGCAGCAGUGGCUCCGACUCAGAUUCAGCCUCAGGCGGCAGCGACAGCGGUUCAGACUCAGACGCAGCGGUGGGCAUUGCCUCCGACGAUUCUCUGUCGGCCGACGCGCUGAUCGCCUCUGCUGCCGCCACACUGGCUGGCACGAGCGACGAUUCACAGUCUGGUACCAGCAGCGCCGGCUCAGUGUCUGGUGGCGGCAGCAGCGGUUCCGGGACUGACGGCAGCAGCAGCGGCUCAGGGUCUGGCGACAGCAGCAGCGGCUCCGACGCAGGUGCAUCCUCAGGAGAUGGAGCGGGGUCUGGCGGCAGCAGCAGCAGCGGUUCCGGGUCGGCCAGCGGCAGUGGCGGCUCCGACUCCGGCGCAGCCUCCGGAGAUGCUGGAGAUGGCUCUGGGUCUGCCAGCAGCAGCAGCAGCGGCUCCGACACAGGUUCCCCCUCGGGAGAUGGGUCUGGCAGCAGCAGCAGCAGCGGCUCCGACUUCGGCUCUUCCUCGGGAGAUGGAUCUGGCACGGUCAACACUGCUGGGUUAGUUCAUGCUGCGAGUACAGGAGAGUCUGUGUCGGCCGACGCGUUGAUCGCCUCUGCUGCCGCCACACUGGUUGGCAACAGUAGCAGCAGCGAUUCAGGGUCUGCAGCCAGCAGUAGCGGCUCCGACUCAGAUGCAGCCUCCGGAGACGGCUCAGGGUCUGGCAGCAGCAGCAGCGGCUCUGACUCAGACGCAGCCUCAGGAGAUGGAUCUGGCACAGUCAACAGUGCUACGCUAAUUAAUGCUGCGGACACAGGAGAGUCUGUGUCGGCCGACGAGUUGAUCGCCUCUGCUGCCGCCACACUGGUUGGCAACAGUAGCAGCAGCGAUUCAGGGUCUGGUAACAGCAGCGCCGUCUCAGAGUAG